AGGCCAGAUAUCCGAGCAUACCCCUGACCUGUCACAUCAACCGCUUUUUACAUCAAUUGUCACACAAACAUCAAAAUAGAUAUCACAAAGCCCCCAGUUUUAAGUAAUUUUUCUAGUUUCUUUUAAAAUCUCCAACGGCUCUAUCCACAGCCUUAAUUCCCCAGUAAAUAUCGGGCUCAACACGCAUUCACAUCCCAUCUGAAAUACAAUGGAUUGUGAACCCAUUGAUCAGCCUCAGGAAUCUGGACCGUCCCAGCCAGAUGUAACCCCACACGAAUUAGAAAAGAUCGAAGAAGCGAAGCUCAAAGCCAAGUACCCUUCAAUGCCUGGAGGGCCUGCUCGAGUUGGUGGCCAUUCGGCGUUCUUACAGAAACGAUUGGCUAAAGGUCAGAAAUUCUUUGACUCUGGUGAUUAUCAAAUGGCCAAGCAGAAGAUGGGAGGAGUGAACAAGCCCCCGUUAAAAGUUCCAGGACCUAUAUUUCCAACAGGUGAUGCGAUCCCAACACCUGAAACAGUACCAACAAGAAAAACUUCUCUUGCCCAACCCUCUAAACUAGCUCAAAGUGUGACGACGGCUUCAACAGCAAAUACUGCCUCAAAUCCCCCCUAGAAAUAAAGCCUUUAGAAGCAUGUGUGAUAAAGUAAAUUGUCUAUUUUCAUUCGUUGAUAAUAGAGGAUCUUUGGCAAUUAUAAUUCAUGUAACAAGCAAUGAAGCUAAUAAGAUUUUUCGCAUCUCACUUUUUUUUCGUAUGACAACCAGAAGUUCUCUUUUGCCAUUUUAAUGCUUUUAGUUGUAAUUAGUUACGCAAAUUUUCCAAUGCACAAUAAAGUGUAUUGAACACGUUACUGGCGCAGUUCAUUUCAUGUUACAUAAUUUCUCAUUUUCCAGGACGCUGUAAAUAUGACUGUUUAUUAAAAUUUACAGUUAAUCGAA